AUGUCCCCCAUUCUGCCAGGCAGCGACAUGUUUGUCGACAAAAACAAUCCCAGCAGCAAGGCAAAAGAGAAGACCACAGUAAAAGUUGGCAGAAACUCGGGCAAAACCAAGGCGGCCAAAGAGACAAAUUUCAAUUCCCUCAUUCAAUCGCUGAGAAGCCAGAAUGAACAGCAACAAAAACUGAUUGAAAAUCUAACCAAAACAAUAGAACAACUGCGUGAAGACCUUGAAUCAAAAUUCCAUUACUACGUAGUAAGAAUUGAGACCCAAAGUCAGGUUAAAAAUCAGAUUCCACAAUGUCAUAGGUGCAAGGAGUACGGGCACAGUCAAAGGAACUUCAGAUGUCUCUACAGAUGCGUCAAGUGCGGAGAUCAGCACCCCACAUCCGAAUGUAGGAAGCCCCGCACAACUGACGCUAAGUGCGCCAACUGCAGCGGCAAACACCCUGCCAAUUACAGAGGAUUCCCGAAGUGCCCUAAGCCAGCAACAAAAGCAACCCCUCCAAAACCCAACCAGAAACCUACUCCAAAAACCCUCCCUGGAAGUGGAAAUACCCAGCCAGGGAAAUCCUAUGCAGCAGCGACUGCUCCCAAACCUCAACCCCAAAAGGCUAAAAGAGCCCCUCAACAAACCCCAACCUCAACCCUACCCCCGGACUUCAUGGAUCUCAUCCAGAAGGCCAUAGAAACCGCAUAUAAGGAACCUGAAUUCCAGGUUGUUGAAAAUGAGAGUCGGAUAUCCAUUACUAAGGAUGGAAAUAACCAAUAUGCUAUGUGUUCGACUCCCGUAAAUGCCGACUUGGUUCCUUGUAAAAAGGCACGGUUCGAUGUAAGUACCAUCAUUAAGAGGAAAAUAGAUCACGUGCCAUGUCAUUCAAAUGAACAGUUAUUGGAAAAUUCGAAUGACGUCAUCAACUCUCCGGUAGUUUCAGAUGAACUAAAACAGAACAUCAGUCAUAGAAAUAGUAGUAAUAAUAAUAAUAAUGAUGAUGAUAAUUUGCUUGAGAGGAAAUUAGAGAUAACCCCUGAAAGUUUUAAUACACCGAAGGAUUUCAACCUAUCCGAUACGGCCAACAGCAUGAUUCUCCCAAUAAACUCGGUCAAUGUCGAUUCUUUACCUCCGAGUUCUUAUAAGGAGUGUAACAUCUUAGAGGGAUCUUUUCAGAUAAAAAAUCGAGCACUGCGAAGUGUCCACCAUGUUACAGGUGUAUUCAUGUCACGCCGUGUCAGUCAUUUCAGUUUCUAUUUAUUGUAUGAAUGUAUCUUGCUGCAUACUAUCAAGAUGGCUAAUAAAAAUGGAAGACCUUUAACUGAUAAGGAAUUGAAUGAUAUACUUUCGGAAGAAAGUGAGGACGAACCGUUCAUAGAAUCGGAAACUGAAUAUGAACCCUGCAGUAGCAGUGAUAACAGCACAGAUAACAGCAGUAAUAACAGCACAGACGCUGAGGACUAUGAUGGGAAAAAUAUAGAAAACGAAGUCCGCCAUCAACAAAAUCUUGGAGGAGGAGACAAUGAUUUGGCAUGUCUUCCCCAUCAAUGGGGAGCUUAUGUAGAUUUGACUAUAAUAGAAAGAGAAUUGAUACGGGGCGUUUCGCAAAAGAAAAAGAAAUCUCUUCAGAACCUGCUAAAUCAGCAGUUUGAUAAGGAUUGGGAGGAGUUACAGGAACUGCACUGGUACCGGGCAUUACUGCACGGUCCUACUUCGAAUGAGGAGGAUCCUGAAGUUGAUCAGGACGAUGGAACAUGUGACUGCCUUGAAGAGGAACCAGCUAUCCACAUUCAGUUUUCCUGA